UGAGUGGGCUAGGAAGAAAGAAAAAAGAGGGAGAUGAAAGCUGAAAGAUCUUGCGGAAAAUGUGGAAUUAGUGAAAAAGCAAGAGAAACCGGACAAGGAAGUAAAAGAGAAAACACGAGCGAAGCUCCGUCCGGAGGGAUUCUCAGACAGGACACGAGGACAAAGCGAGUGAAGGAACGGAAUGCCAACUGGAUAUGUAUUCAGCGCACUCUGAGCAGGGGUAUAAAAAACCAAGGGUCGUCUGACGCAGGACUCAGUUUAACGAGAGGAAGCGUCCUCGUGAGCCUUGAUCCUUUUAAAGCCCAUUCUCUCCGCUCGGACUAUACGAUGCAUCCAAAAUUUGAUGGAAUCAGAAUUAAUGAUUGCGGGUCCUCAGGAUCAACUAUCAACUGAACCCAUAACCUGAUUGCUCAUCAAAAAGGUUUUCAUUUGCUUAAUUGAAUUUUUUUUUAAUUUUAUAAAAAUAAAAAAAGUUUGUGCUGACCAUGAAGAUAGUCACACUGUUCUUUUGAAUGGUAAUUAUUCAGAUAUAUGGAGAACUAUAGAUAAAAAAACAAAGACGUUUUGUUUUGCUUGGAGGGAGCUUCUUCUUCGACAAACGUUUAAAAAAACGUCAUCGAAUUUGUACAAAAUCGUGAAGGUGAUUUCCUGAGGUCUUAACCGUUGCAUCCUGUGCGUAUUCGAACUAACGAGUGAUCGAGGUGAUUUAAUAAAUCAUAUUCUUUCGUUCACUUGAUUAUAUUUGGUCAACAUUCCCUCAGGUAAUCUAAACAAACUUAUUUUUUCUUUAUAAUUUACACUUUUGUUGGAGCAAUCUUACUGCACUUUUGUGUGAUUAACUCUAUCGCUAUUUUGAUUGCUCGUUCGUGUUUUUUCUCUAAUUCAAUUAAUCUCGUAAUGAAGUUCCUCCUGAAAUUUAUCAUGUCGAUUACUUCACCUCUAUAGUGGUAUCUCAUCAUUCAGUUCUCAAAUUCUCUACUUGGAGCAAGACUACACAGUACAUCAUCGUCUCACACGAGUUUCGUGAUGAUUCUCUUCUCGUGUGAGCUUAGUCUUGCUCCGGAUCAAUUUCAUAUAAAUUUCCAACUUAAUCACAGUAUUCUAAUUAAUCUUAUAUUUAAUUUCAGAAUUCCAAAAAUGUCGUGAACGAGAAUGAGCUCUUUUUAACGGAAUUUUCAUUGAAUCGGAAUCUCAUUUUAUAAGGGAAGAUCAUGCGUUACUUUUGCGAUUCAAAAAAGCAACUAAAAUUUUUUACUCUUUUGAUGAUUAAAGAAACGAUCAAAAUUUAUU